ACGAAUCUGAACCCGGCGGUGCUCCUAUUCCAAAAUUGUAUUCUCUAUACAAACACCGAGUGUGGGUUGUAUAUUAAUACCCCACCCGCGGGACGGCAAUCUCAGUCGGCCAUUUUCCAACUUGACGGACCCGGAUGCAGCUGCCCGACCGACCUGACGCCAACAUGGAGCAGCUCACGUGGCCGCAGUCGCCGCCGAUGACGAUCCCGAUGGGCCCGAUGACGUCGCCGCGGACGCUUGCGCCGGCCAUCGACUUUCUCAUGGACGCCGUGUCGCCGCAGCUCUCGUUUGAGGCCCGCGAAGGCCAGAUGCUCGUCCAAGCCUACUACAUGCAGUCGCGCUCCCGCGUCGAGUCGCUGGACCCCAAGGACCAAUACGCCGGCUACGUCUUUUCGCCGCAGGCCACGCGAAGUUACCGCGACGACGACGACGACACGAUCUUCCGCCUCGAGCUGUAG